GACUCCAUCUGUUUAAUUAGUUUUGUAAUUAGCCUAUAUUUAAUACUUCUAAUUAGUAUCUAAACAUCCGACGUGAACCCCUUCAGCAAUGGGCAGAAGGCUCUAAUGUACAGUUACAUGCCUAUGGGCAGCCUUUCAGCGCAUCUUCACGGAAACGGGGCACACGGCAGGCUUAAGUUGGACUGGGAGCAGCGGACAACCAUUGCGCUCACCGUGGCGCACGGUCUGGCGGCCAUCCACUCGGCAGGACCAAGGGCCUGCCACGGUAACAUCAAGUCCUCCAACAUCCUCCUCACCAGCGACUACGAGGCGCGGUUGUCGGAGCAUGGAAUCUACACUCUCUUCAACAUGUCCUCCUUCGUUGAUGCAACUAGGGUGUCAGGCUACCUCGACCCGGAAGUUGUUGCGAGCACCCGGGUCACUCGGGCAGCCGACGUGUACAGCUUCGGCAUCCUGCUGAUCGAGCUCCUAACGGCCAGGGAGCCCGCGGACGAUGCCCUCUGUGCCAAAGGCUUGGAUUUGUCACGGUGGGCGCACUCAAUCGCACGCGAGGACUGGAUGGAGAAGGUGUUCGACGCAGAACUCGUCAGGCAGCAGGGCGCACCAGAACAGGGAAUGGAACAGCUCCUGCAUCUCGCCAUGGAUUGCUGCGACUUGAGGCCCACAAUUUACGAGGUUGUAUCUCGUAUUGAACAAGUCAGAGCAUCCGAAUCACGAGCAUGAUGACGAACAAGUCCAUGGGGAGCCACAUACCAGAGGAACAUGAUGAGCAGAAUGUGGAUUGGAAGUAUUAAGGAAGAUCUAGAGGACGUCCCUCACGGCCUCACUGGUUGCUUGGUCAUCACUGAUGCUUGGGUUAAGCUGAUGCAUGAGAAAUCUGCUCUGGAAACAGGCCAAGCGAAGCUAGUAGUAACACAAUAGUACGAAGUAUGGUUGAAAACGGUCGGGAGAUAUCCCGUUCCAUUCCGCCCCGAUUUCUACAUUUAA